UAACGUCAUUUAUCCGCGACGCGUCGUGCGAGGCCAUGUCCACGCGUGUUUUGAAAGUUCGUGUCAGGUUUCUGUAAUGGCCACCAAACGACCAAAGGACGAGUGCAGCAGCACAGAUAAGAAGAAGAAGAAGAAAAGCGACAAGGAGAGCCGCGAGGAGCCGGUGGAGCUCUGCGCAGCCGUAGAAGAUGACCAGGUGAAGAGAGCCGUCGCGGAGGCAUGGAGCCGCAGGACUACCUACAGCCACGGCGAUCUGGAGUUGGACUGCCACCCUUUCCCUCACUGCAUCUUCACAAAUUUCAUCAGCAGCCAAGCCUUUGCAGAAAACCUCCAGAAAGAGCUGCUGGAGCUAAACUUCCAUGAAAAAUCAAAUGACCUGUAUAAAUUUAAACAGUCAGAUGACCUGAAGAAAAGAACAGAGCCACAUAUCGCAGGCCUGAGGGCAGCACUGUUUGGGCGUUUCCGGUCCUGGCUCGGGGAGGUGCUGGGGGUUGAGCUGGAGCCCACUGUGGAUAUUUCUUGUGCCAAAUAUGAAUAUACAGAUGUUCUUUUGUGUCACGAUGAUGAGUUGGAGGGGAGGCGCGUUGCGUUCAUUUUGUAUCUUGUGCCCCCGUGGCAGAGCAGCGACGGGGGAACCCUCGAUCUUUACACAACAGACAGUUAUUUGCAGCCACAGAGCAUAGUGAAGUCACUCGUACCCUCCUGGAACACACUCGUGCUCUUUGAAGUUUCUCCAGUCUCCUUUCACCAAGUGUCUGAAGUUUUAUCGCAGGACAAGUGUCGGCUGUCUCUGAGCGGCUGGUUUCACGGACCUUCUCUGGAACGUCCUCCUCGCCACGCGGUGGCUCCCAUCCAGAGGAAUCCACACUUACCGAGAGAUGAAACGGUGCUGCUGGAGUGGAUCAAUCCCAUCUAUUUGGACAUUUCUUAUCAAGAGCAGAUUCAGGAGGAGUUUGAAGACAGCUCUGAAAUUCAGCUCAAAGGAUUUCUCAAGGAGGAGAAGUUCAAAGAGGUGAGUGAAGCACUUCGGCUCUCUCAGAUUGAGUGGAAGAAGAGAGGUCCACCCAAUAAGAGGUGCUAUGAAGCAGCUGCUCUGGACUCGCUGCCUCAGUGUGUGAGUGCAUGCUGGGAGCUGCUUCAUUCAGAAGCAUUCUUCCUGCUCCUCUCCAACUUCACUGGCCUUCGAUUGCACUAUCUCUGCCCGGCUGACGACGAAGAGGAUGACGAUGAAGAGAAGGUUAAAAAGCAGCAAGAUGAUGGAGAAGCCACGGGGUCGUCAAAUGAACCAUCCUCAGCAGAUGCGAGCAGAGAGAAAGAGCCGAGCACCCCUUUGUGCUGUGGGGAAGUACGCCGAUGGUCUCGCGGUGGCUACACCCUGUUGCACGAUGGAGAGGCCGCGCGGGCAGAAUACGCGCUGGACCUCGUUUUGCCUUUCGGCUGCGCAGGCUGGCAGUCAGAGUUUGGCGGCUUCACGUGUUAUGUGGCUAAUGAAGAGGAUGAGGAGCUUCUGACCGUCUACCCGGAGGACAAUUCACUCGCACUCGUCUACAGAGACAAAGAGACCCUCAAGUUCGUCAAACACGUCAACCACAAAAGCACCUCCGAGCCUGAUGGCAGCUCCACCUGCAGAGAGUUUUAUGACUUUUCCUUUGUCUACUAUGAAUAAAUAUGUAUAUAAUUAC